ACCGGAGAGGGACCGGCAGCGGAGGGGGAAUACAGCUUCCACCUGACACCCGAGAGACCCGGCCGCCCCCUGCUGCAGCUGUCUUAUGAGAAGGUGCAGAACGACAUCUCGGAUGCAAAGGUACGUCCAAGGGAAGGAGAAGUUGGAGAGAGACCUGUACAGCCGAUUUGUGCUGGUCCUAAACGAGAAGAAAGUCAAACUCAGAGCUCUGCAGAAAAGUGUCAAAGAGCUGGAGAAAUCUGUUGAAGAGAAUCGACUGAGGAAAAAGGCAGAUAGUGAAGACCACAAGGCGAUGGAGACUGCGGCAGAUAAGAGUCCUGGAGAGAGUGAUUAUGGAGGUAGUACAGAAGAUGAACAGGAGGCUGAACCCAGACAGCCAGACCCAAAGCCUCUCACACAAGAGAUGCCAGAGAGCAACCCGAUGGAUGACAGCUUAAAUGACAUCACAGAUGUGGCGCCCUGCCGAAAACGCCGGCACCGUCAUCUCCAACAGCUGGAGACGCAAGCCAAACGAGCAGCGCUGGACCAGCGACAGAGAUCCAGAGAGAAGCUGACAGAAGAUGCCAAAGCCGAGACGAGCAAAACGUCAAGCGUCCAAACGAAACCAGCAAGCGCUGCUGCGAACGUUGAUCCUGACGACCUGUUCGAUGAUAUAUGACCCUCUUUAGGACCUAAUGAGCACAGUUUGUGAUGAGCAUGGCUUUUGUACUGUUUUUAAACUGUAGGAGUAAUAAAAUUUGACUUUUUAAAAGUAUUUUAUAGUAAAUAUGAACUGGCUCUAUAAUAAACAAUGAAAGUUUAAAAAAGAACACUACUUUUUAAUGAAAAGUGAAGCAAAAUUAUGAAUUUGUCCAUUUUUAACUCUGUAAGUUCUGAAUAAAUCUAAAAAAUGUGAAUAAAGAUGUUUUUCUCA